CAACUUUUUGUCCAAGGAACGUACGACGACACAAAGCCUUGAGAAAGAAGUCGAUAAACAUCAGUUUUACAUCGAAUGGAUUCUCUACGUUCCACCCUUAUAUCACCCGGGCCAAGGCACGCACGCACGCAAAUUCUAGAUCAGAUAGCACAUAAAUCGAUCGUUCGACAACCCUCGAUCUCCCUUGGAUCAUGCCGACGUCGGAGGCCGAGCUGCUGUCCGCCCUCCGCGCCGCCGGCCGGGAGCACCUCUCGGCAUCCACCGUCGCCCGGAGGCAGGAGACCGGCUCCCACCUGUUCCGGAUCGCCAACUACACGGAGGUCAAGGCGACGGUGGCCAACCGCGAGCACGUGGAGUCGAGCACGUUCACCGUCGGCGGCCACGAGUGGCGCAUCGACUGCUACCCGAACAGCUGCGUGAAGCCACACAACGGCUGCAUCUCCCUCUUCCUCCGGCGCACCAGCAGCGGCGCCGCCCACUUUCUCCGGCGUAGCGCCGGCAGCGGCGCAAAGGCCGACGUCGCCAUGGCGUCCAUCAAGUUCAGCCUGCUGGACCGGGACGGGAGCCCGGCGCGCACCCAGAGCGCGCCGCAGCGCCAGUUCGAGAAGGAGAGGUACCUCAAGGACGACUGCCUGAUGGUCCUCUGCGACGUCACCGUCGACCUCGGGCUGCGCACCGACAGCUGCACCGAGGUCGCCGCCGCGCCGGAGCCGACGGGCGAGUGGCCGCCCCCGCCGUUCGAGCUGGACGGGGAGCUCACCACGGCCAUCUGGAAGAAGCAACGGGCGGACGUGAGGAUCGAGGUCGGCGGGGAGACGCUGGCGGCGCACCGGUGGAUGCUGGAGGCCCGGUCCCCGGUGUUCAAGGAGGACCUCUCGCUCGCCUUCACAGCCGGCAAGAAGACCGCCGAGCUGCGCAUCGACGACAUGGACGCCGAGGUGGCCAGGGCCCUGAUCCGGUUCAUCUACACGGACGCGCUGGCGGCGGACGUGAGGCAGCAGCUGGACGCGGCGGCGGCCAUGGCGGAGCGCCUGCUUGUGGCGGCGCACAGGUACAGGGUGGAGAAGCUGAAGCUGAUCUGCGAGGAGGCGCUGUGCCGGCACAUCGGGAUGAGCUCCGUGGCGGCCACCCUGGCGCUGGCGGAGCGGCACCGGUGCCCCACGCUGAAGAAGGCGUGCAUGCAGUUUAUUUCUUCUCCGGCUAACCUGGUGGCGGUCGUGGCGACCGAUGGUUUCGAGCAGCUGAAGAUCGGUUGCCCGCCUGAUCUGGUCGACCUCAUGGCCAAGCACUUGGCCAAGGUUGGCGCAGUGGAUCAGUCCACGUUCGGGCCAUUUACUACCUUCUAGACAUUUUAGUUUUCUUUUCUGAAAAUUUUCUAGCCAUUUAGUUAAUAUAGAUAUUUGUAGUCAACUAGCUAAAUACAUGUGCAUUGCAACGGGGACAACUUUG